AUGGAUGCGAUGGUGAAGUGCGAGCCAUUGGUGAUGAAACGGGAGGCGACUGAUGAGGAACUGGAGUUCAGAUACGACGAGUUGACUGAAGCACUCGAUGUUCACACUGAGAGCAAAGCGAACCAAACUCCGGUUCACUGGACACCCGUUCAGAGCAAUACUGGCCACACAUUUGCCUAUGAUUUGCAUAGUGUUGACGAUGUGGUGGGCGAGAGGGACACAGAACUGCUGAUGACUGGAGUUCCCGAUUAUGUGAUGUUAGGCACCAAUAGGACAGUAGCCAAGGGUGUGAACGUGACGGACAUGGGAAUCAAGAUGAAACGGGUGCCGAGCAAUCACGUAAGGGAACAGAAUAUUCUGAUUGUAAUGAAAGAGGGAAUGAGUGCCACGUUUGCGGGACUAUUAGCCGACAGAUGCAAGCGUGAGAAUAGGGGCUGUGAUUGCAGUCCUAUCGGUGUCACUGAAGCACAGGUAUUAUUGAACAUAAACACUGUGUUUGUCAAACAGGAGGUAUGACUCCGGCCACAGUUGACACUGCCAUAGAAACGGUAGUCAUUGGGCACUGUUAGCCAACACUCAUUAAAUGAGAUAAUAACAUGGAUUCACAACCAUUUCAUUGAAAUGUAUAACGAAAACUAUUUUAUUGAUAAUUAAAUGCC